UAUGGCAUCAAGUCUUGAAGUUAUGCGACAACACCAAAGGAUUACGUCAUCAGGAAUGACGCCACCAAGUCAUUAUCCCAUACCCCCAUCUGCACAGCGACGCCUACUAAGUCCAAAAGCCCUAGUAGGAUCUCAGACCCCUCAAUACGGCCAACAGAACAACUUGUUGCCGGUCGGCAUGCCAGGACGCCAUUCGUGGACGGCCAUGUCAUCACCAACGUCAUCGUUGCUGAGCAACCGACUACAUCGGUUGAAUUUGAGACUAAGCGCCCCAACUCCUGGCGAGGAAGAAUUGUGUCGCCAUUGGAUGCAAAAUAGUGCGAAAUAUAGUCGACGUAAUAAUGAAGAACUAACACGCAGUUCUAAUUUUCCCGCCAAUGAGAAACGAAAUUUAGCAAAAACACAAGAAAGGCCUAGAACAGUACAGACGCCUCCGAAUCAUCCCUACAAAGAUUUACUUCCCCAACGUUCAGCCGAGAAACGAAAAGUUGUUGUCAACGUCACGUCACCAAACCAAGAAUGUGUGACUUCAUCGGAUUCUGAUCGAAUCACUUCACCAACAACUUCACAAAGAAGCUCUGGAGGUCUGCGAAAACCUGUCAAUAAGUUCCCCCUCAGACGACCAUCGGUAUCUAGUUACGGCCGAGGAGGAGAAAGUCGAGGUAAUUCCCCUGCUGGAUAUAAAACCGACCUUUCUGGGAAUCGUCAGAGUGAAGGCAUGACCCUACCUCGACCCCCGUCUGCAAGACCAAGUGAAGCUAGAUGGCGCAACCGAAUACGGACUUCUCACUCCCCCCUAAGUAACACCAGAACAAAUAGCGCAGGCAAUCCCAGAGACCAAAGGCGAUGGUCCCUGAAUGACACAAUAAUGAAUCAGCAGAAUGACUCAAAAGAUGAUGACUCGGCAUAUUCGUCAUCACGUGACAUAACGGUUAAUAUAGAAAAAACACCAAACAAUCCAAAUACCCCAGUAGGAACCCCUCCUAGGUCGGCUCCGAACUUGCGGAACGAUAAUUUUCCUUCAUCUACCUCAAAAUUAGACGCCUCUAGGAGUUAUGGUUCCAAAGUAUUGGUUUCCGGACAAGAUGGCCGAUCAGUGCUUUAUUAUCAACAUAAUAAAGCAAACCAACGACAAUCAGAAGCUGAAGAAAGUCAUAUAUUACGUCACAAUACAGCAACUUAUUGUCAUCUCCUACCUUUACGUCAUAAAGCAAGCUCACAACAGCGGCCGAAGACCCAACCUGCUAUGAAUUCUCAACGAGCCAGAGAUUCUUUGAAACGGAAAGGGACCACAGACCAGCGACAACAAUUAAUAGAAAAUGCGGAAACUAAACUGAUGCAAAGAAUAAUGCCGAACACGUCGUUAUCGACAAAAGAAGACAAAACAAACUCAGUCGAGUACCAUGUCGGACCAAAGUUUUAUCCAAUUUCCUUGGGAGAUUAUGAUGCAAUAAAUAAACAAAGAAGGUCAAUCACGAGUAACCAAGAAUCAGUAAUGAAUUACGUGGACCCGGAAGUAGGUCAAAGGAUCGUACAAUGGUUAGCAGAUAUUGAACAAAGUCCUGAGGUCUAUUAUGGAUUUGAAACAGAUAUUUUAAAAACACAUGAAUGACUUAAUAUAGACUUAUUUUAGUCAACGAAUCUAAAACUUCAAUUCUUGCCAAAAUUUAAUUAAAAAAGAAAUAUGUACAACUAUUUCGGAUAAUCUGGUGUUUUUACAAUCGUUUGUAAUUCAACUGAAAAGUAUCUUCGAACUUUACCCUUGUGUUAUUCAAAUGUUGUAUGACCGAAAAAUUCAAAUGACUACAUUAUUUUUAUUUACAUUUUUACUGUUGUGAUCUACCUCAGACUUCGUGCCUCUAUAGCACGUAAAUUCCAUCGUUUUUCGUCGUUGGAAAUUUAACCAAAAUGUAUAUUUAUCGAUUGGUAAUGACUGGGUAAAUAUUAAUGAAUUUGACUUUCCUACAGAUGUUGAAAAUUCAGUUCUCAGAUCACGUCAAGCGCGCGAUACUUUUUUUUUCAAUUUAUUCUAUCCAUCGACGUCAUUCAUUUAACCAUUGAAAUCAUUAUAGGAGAAAGUCUUCAAAGUUGGCAAAAGAUUGGCAAUUAGAGUUUUGUGUAGUUUCCCACAAAAAAGUUUUCGAUUGGCAAAUGUCGAUGGAUUGAAGUUCAAAUCUUUUAUAAUUGUUUAGCGAAUUUCAUAGCGACUCACAUAAGUAAAUAAACUUCUUGGUUUAAUUGACUUAUCUAUUUUCAUGUUCUAUAUUUGUCCAAAAAAUUAGCGCAAUGAAACCAGACUCAAAAGCUGUGAAAACUCGUUUUUUUAAAUAUUACACCAAAUCUUUCUGUCCAAACUUUCCUUUAUUUCAUCACAAUCAUGCUGACAAAGAUUUAUGUUCUACAUUAUUUUUUCAUCACUCUGUUUUCCCUACAUUCCGUGUGUAUUGGUUGCUUUAUUUAUUUACCGUUGUUUUUAACUGAGUUACAGUUGACAGUGAUAUAAAUGAACAUGAACUG